UCCAGGUGCGCGACUUUGCUUCCGGGGCUACCGAGGUUGCAGCUUCGCAUCAUCGAGUAAGACAUUGUCACACGCGGAGCAAGCAACGUCUGAUGAUCUGCACAAAGACUCCAAGUUCAAGUACGGAAAUAGCAAAAGUUUGUAGACUAGGUUAUUUUUGUCUCGUGGCAGUAAGGACUCAGUGCGAUAUAUAAGAGGUUUUAUACUUGCUCCUACUUCACCAUCCAACACAAUUCACUCUUCUCAUCUCAUCAUCUCAUCUGUCAUCAACACUACUUCCCAAACCAUUCAGCCAUCUUCAGACAAAGCAAAACAGCCAAUAUGCUUUCCACUACCUUCACCAUUGCUAGCGUCUUUGCUCUUGCAUCCACCACCCUUGCUGGUACCGCAGGCAUCAAGAACAACUGCGGUCAGGACGUCUUCCUUACUAUCACUCAUUCCGACCAAAGCCACUCUCAAAUGAGCAUCGCUGCCAACGGCGGCUACUUCAGCGAGCAGAUCAAUGGACAGGGAAACAGCUACGGCCUGACCAAGAACUCGGAUUACUACUCUGCCAACACCCCUAAGUUGAUCUGGGGUGCUUCAGACAGCGCCGGUACCAUUUACUACUCUCUUAACACCGUCAAUGGCAACCCUUUCGAUGGACAGAGCGUCAGUCUCUCCGGUAACCAGCCUGGUUGUGCUACCAUCACUUCACCUGACGGUUCGACCAAGGCUUGCACCGACAAAGCCGAUUUCUACCUGCAGGUCUGCUAGAUGGAGUUGUGUCGGAAAGAAUGUCAGGAGAUGGGAAUCUGUAUGAUGAGCUUGGGACCUCGCGUGGAAGUACUGCGUGUCCGUUAAUGUAAUCAAUUUCUUCAAUUUAUCUUCUUAGUGCCGUACAAGUACUUUGUCUGUUUUGCAACGCGAUAGCCGUCGCUAGUCAUUCUGCGGUGAUUCGAUCAUAGCGUAAAUCGACGACCAUUAGACUUGAAAAGUAGAAAAGGCUGAUUCGCUCACACAGUUGUCGAUUCAGUUCCAAGCAUACUUCAGAAGGUGUCCUACGUGUGUCUUGACCAUGCGUACCGCAGUCACACUUUCUGCGGCGGCUUUCUCU